AAAAACAAAAAGAGAAAAUAAAAUUGAAGUGUGCGUUUUUCAUUGGUCCGUAAACAGAGCUUGUUUUCAUGCGUAAGGGGGAACGAGAAAGUUGUGUGUUUGUGAGCCAAAAGAAAAACAAAAACCCAUUUGUUUCACACAGAGAAGAGAAGAGAAGAGAAGAGAAGAGAAGCAAACGAAGAAUCAUCUUUUGCUUUAUUAGGGUUUUUACUCAUCCUGAUUCAAUGUUGAUACAGAGCAUUAUCCUCUGUUUUUGACUCGUUUUUUUCUUCUUCUUUAUUUCCUUCUUUUACGCUACUUUCUUAGAAUUGGGUAGUCCGUAGAAUCAGGAAUUGGAAUUUGGUUCAUCUCCAUUGUGAAAAAUCAGAUUUUGAUUACUGGGUUUUGAUUUGAUUUACCCCUGGGUAGUGUUAAAGAGACGAAAGAUUUGGGUUUUGGGUUUUUGGUUAAGAAGGAUGAUUCCGUCGUUGAUGGUAUCAGCUAUACAAGUUGCAGAGCUAACAGUGAGCUCUGUUGUUCAUAUGGUAUAUGGGCUUUACAUAUUCAGCUCCGCCGUCGCCGGAGAUCUUACGCAGUCGUUGAGUCAAUCCAUCUUCAAGCCUAAAGCUACUGUUCAAGUCAAACGAAUUGACCAAGAAAAGACAACAGUCGUCAAUGAUUUGCCUCCCAUUGUUUUGGUUCAUGGGAUUUUCGGAUUUGGCAAAGGAAGAUUAGGUGGUUUAUCAUACUUUGCUGGAGCAGAAAAGAAGGAUGAGAGAGUGUUGGUGCCUGAUUUGGGAUCUUUGACUAGUGUACACGAUAGGGCAAGAGAACUGUUUUAUUACUUGAAAGGUGGGUUAGUUGAUUAUGGUGAAGAUCACAGUAAAGCUUGUGGGCACUCUCAAUUUGGUCGUUUUUAUGAUAAAGGGGAAUACCAAGAAUGGGAUGAAGAUCAUCCUAUUCACUUUGUUGGUCACUCUGCUGGUGCUCAAGUUGUUCGUGUGUUGCAGCAAAUGCUUGCUGACAAGAUGUUUGAGGGUUAUGAGAAUACAAAUGAGAAUUGGGUGUUGAGUUUAACAUCGUUGUCAGGAGCUUUAAAUGGGACUACUCGAACCUACAUUGAUGGAAUUCAGCCAGAGGACGGGAAGUCCCUAAAACCUAUAUCACUGCUUCAGAUUUGCAAAGUUGGAGUCGUAAUGUAUGACUGGAUCGACAUUCCUUGGCUCAAAUCCUACUACAAUUUCGGGUUCGACCAUUUUAACAUGUCGAGAAAGAAGAUAGGUUUUCGUGGUCUAGUCGAUUGCCUUCUUGGAAAAGCAGGCCCAUUUGCAUCAUCUGGAGAUUGGAUAUUACCUGACCUCUCGAUCCAGGGAUCGAUGAAGCUCAAUGCUCAUCUGCAGACUUUCCCAAACACGUUCUACUUCAGCUAUGCGACUAAACGUACUAGAAAACGUCUUGGGAUGAUGACAGUUCCUUCAGGUGUGAUGGGAAUUCAUCCUCUACUUUUCAUUCGAGUGUUGCAGAUGAGUCAUUGGCGAUUUCCUCGUGACAUUCCCCUGCCUUAUAAAGGCUACAUAGAUGAAGAUUGGCAGGACAAUGAUGGAGCACUGAACACUAUAUCCAUGACUCAUCCACGAAUUCCCGUUGAACAUUCUAGUCUCACUCUUAGCAGUGAAUCAGACUGUCUCCCACUACAACCUGGCAUUUGGUACUACAAGAUAGUGGAGGCAGAUCAUAUUAUGUUCAUUAUAAACCGAGAGCGAGCAGGGGUGGAGUUCGAUUUGAUCUACGACAGUAUCUUUGAGCGGUGCAGGAAACAUGUAUUCAGGAAGGUUCAACAGACAUUGCCGAACGAAGCUCAACACCAGUCAAGGGGAGACCAAGAAGAUUAGAGAGACCAAACUAUGAUCAACUAAUGUAUAGCUCUGUUUGUAACAACAAGAAUUCCAAAGCUCAAGAUUGAUGUCAUGGGCUUAGAUAUGGCCAUAUGGGUUUCCAUUAGUUUGAGUCCUAACUAUGACCCAGCGUCUUAAGAUCCAAACCAAAAAAAUUGCUGGAUUAGGAUUUGUAAUUGACAGUGUUCACUAUUUAUGAUAACAUCUCAUUCGAAGAUUAAUAAAAAGUUUAGGAAA